AUGCCGUGCCACAACCGUGACCCACAGGAACCAGAAAGCUGGAAAGGUAUCCGCGAUGCCACCAAACCAGGUAACAAGUGUUGCCAGCUCAACCCGUACACACAAACCACAAUAGAAGGCUCCGAGGACUGUCUCUACUUAAAUGUCUACACACCGAGCUUGCCAGGAGAAGAAAUAGAAAACCUACCAGUCCUAUUUUUCGUACACGGAGGCCGAUUUAUCUUUGGCUACGGAGACUAUUACAAACCUGAUUAUUUUCUGGAACAUGACGUAGUUUUAGUGACUAUAAACUACAGAUUAAAUAUACUAGGAUUUUUGUGUCUUCAUAUACCUGAGGUCCCAGGAAAUGCUGGCUUGAAGGACACAGUUUUUGCCUUAAGAUGGGUCAGAGACAACAUCGAGCAUUUUAACGGUGAUUUUAACAACGUCACCGUUUUUGGUGAAAGCGCUGGGGCGGGCGCUGUGGCGUCUUAUAUGACUUCGAGAAUGGCAAUUGGGCUAUAUCAUAAAGUCAUAGCGCAGUCAGGAAACUCGAUAGCUGAUGUUUACAUGAUUGAUGAUGAUCCCAUUGAGAAGGCAAAACGUAUAGCGCAGAAUUUGGACCAACAGUUUGAUGAUGAAAAGAGUUUGUACGAAUUUUUGGUACAAGUGCCGAUUCAAGAUCUUAUAGUAGCCUUCAGUAUUGCUGAAAUAGGCCGACCACCGUCCGUUAUUAAUGCGUACUUACUACCAGUGGUAGAACAACCGUUCCCGGGCGUCGAAAGAUUUUUUGAUGAGUUCCCAAGAAUCGAUUUUCCCUUACAACAUUUCGAUAAAGUCCCUGUAAUGACUGGAAUGAAUUCCCACGAAGGAGCGCUAUUUUUGCAAAAAGACGGAGAUGGGCAUAUUGAAUUUGAGAAAGAUUAUUAUUACUUUAUCCCGAAAUUCUUGCAUUUACAAAAGGACGAUGAUAGAUGCGCUGAAAUUGAGAGUAAAAUCAAAAAAUUCUAUUUCGAUGACCAAGAAGUGACUGAAAAUCUGAAAGAACAGUACAUUAAUAUGGUUUCGGAUACGUUUUUCCAAUUUCCUAUUAUGUUAUGGCCUGACAUCCUUGCGAAAGCUGAAUCUGACGUUUACAUGUAUAAGUUUCAGUAUUCUGGCAAUUUGAAUACUCGUGUUAUGAAGGCUUUGGGGAUUUCGGGAGCCAGCCAUGGGGAUAUGAUACAGUACCAGUUUUACAGGGAAUCAAAACAUGAUAAAGCAAAAGAAACUGAUUUGAAGAUUAUUAAGAUGCUUGCUGGAGCUUGGAUAUACAAACAUCAACAAAGUGUCUACUUCAUCAUCUGA